AUGGAUCUGAUCACCGCGGCAACCGUGGACAGAGACUUCCUGGUGUGUGGAGAUGCCAAAGGACACCUGCGCUUUAACCAGAGAUCUGACCUGUCGUCUUGGACCGAGAAGAAACCAGCGCACACUGACCGCAUCACGGCGCUGAGACUGACCAAAGACACCAUCAUCUCUGCUUCUCUCGACAAAACCAUCAAACUGUGGGACCGGGAAACAAAGAAACAGCUGGGCAUGUUCGUGUGCAGUUCCCCUGUGGUCCUCCUGGAGGUCUUCCCUGAGGUCCAGACUGAGGUCCAGACUGAGGUCCAGACUGAGGUCCAGACUGAGGUCCAGACCCAGUUGGUUUGUGGAGACCGUCUUGGGAACCUGUACUUCCUCUCCUGGACCAAGUGA